ACCAUAGCUUUUACAUUCUUUGUACAACUGUUUUUUUUGGAGAUGGAUUAAUUUAACAUUAUUAAUUUUUUAAUAUCACCAAGGGUAACAGAAGAUAUUAAUUGAUGUUUUAUACUCUCUAUGUUUUAUAUUAAGUGUUGCUGUAGAGAGGUUUUUUCAUUACAAAAUAAAUGUCGUUUUCGAUUUUUAAUGCAAAAGUUAUUAAUUUUGUUCAGCAAUUUAUUUUUUUAUUGGUUGAAAUAUAGUUGAAUAUAUUGGUAAUUGUGUUUUUAUAUAGAAAAUAUACAAAAUUAAUUGUUCUUUUAAUCUGUGUGAACAAACUUCAAACGGACAUUUAGUAUGAAACAGAUGGAGUAGUAACUAAUCCAUCUCAAAGAUAUUGACCAAUAUGGCUUUGAAGAAUAAAUUGAAGAUUGCCUUCUAAAACUAGUUAAUUCCCAUUAAUUAUUUUGGAUUUGGUCUUUGUAUUCAUACUUUCCGAAUCACGUUGAUUACCAAGGCAUUUAUUGAAUACGCCUAUAUAUAUAUACGGUUGUAUUAUAUCAUCCAAUACAAUAUACAGAAAAUAAAUUGGCACAAAAGAGUGAAAAGUAAAACUCACACAUCAAGAAUCAUGAGAUCUGCUAGUAUUUUUUUGGUUUCUUGUAUUCUCAUGUUCUUCAUCAUGAACAAUGUCAAAGACGUGGAAGCUGGAUUGUCUCCAAUGGAUAACCAAUGCGGCCGGAAGGAUAUAUUUGUCGGGGGAUGCGGUCCUGACGGAAACAAAACGUGCAUAAACGACUUUGUUAAGAAAGGAGGUGAAGGGAAUAGGCCUUCUAGUUGCGAGUGUGAUGACUUCGGCCAAGAACAUUUAUGCCGAUGUAAUUUUUCUUGCUAGCUUUUGUUAUGGUAUAAUCAAAACUCAAUAACAAUAAAUAAUUAAUGGAGAUUAACACAGAAGAAACUAGUUUUGUUGUUGUGUGUGUCUAAAAUCAUAAGAAAAAAAAGUAGCAAAUCUUAAUAAACUUUACUAUUUGUGCAAACAUGUUCUCCAUUAAUUAAACUUGAAGAUCCCUACAAUAGUUCAGAGAUUUUACAGCUCCAUUAACAUUACAAACUGCGGACAUUAUUUUAGGUGGUUUCCUACCGUGAUCUUUUACCCAAAUAAAUAUUUAAAAAUAAAAGUAUGAAAAUCAAAUAAAAUGAAGGCAUCACGCGGUUGCACGUCAUCUCACGUGCCAUGAUUUACAUAUUAGUAUGGUAUCAGAUAUCAUAUCUGUUGGGGGUGGAUUUACAUCCUACCUCAAGGCCCAUUAGACAAUAAAUUAGACUCAUUUUAUUAUGAAGCCCUAUCUUUUUUUUUGUAUAAAUAGAGAGAUACCUCUCUUUAUCAAAGAUGUCUUCUUCUCCAUUUUAGACUUAGAACACUUCUUACAAAGGGUUUAUAGAUUAUUAGAUUUAUUUACACUUGUAAUCCUAUAUGUAAUACAAUCUUAAAUCAAUAAACUCUUUUGAUGUUCAUUUUCUAUUUGAUUUCUAUGUUGAUUUCUCCUUAAACCUCAAAAAAUCUAUUCAUCUUCUUUAGAUUCUUUUAUUGUAUUGAUUCAACUAAAACUACCAGCAUAAACACCAUUAUUGGAUCAAACAGUUGGCGCUAGAAGGAGGGGGCCAAAGAGAACUAUCUUCAAAACAAAUCAAGUUUGGAAAAACCCUAGAUCUACCCAAAAAAAAAAAUCAACAAUGUCAUUUUGUUUCUUCACCAAUACACGACUUUGGUUAGGGGAAAGUUCGAAGCUUUCUUGAACGACCGUGAAAGCUUUGCUUUUGAUUCUCAGAGAGCCCUCGUCUGGUCCUUCGGCUUGUGGAGAUGGCUCGGAGCGGCGAUUGCAACCUCGCGAUGGUUGAGUCUCGUUCCGUCGGUGACGAACUCGUCAAUUCCGAUCUGGGCAUCUCGUCUUCAUGGAUGACGAACUCGUCAAUUCGUUUCUCCACCACCACGUCGAGUUCAAUCACAUGCCGAACUCACCUCGAUCCACCGGUGACUUGUCGAGCUUCUUUCAAGUCCAUGAAGAAAGCCGUAACGAUGAAUCAAAUCAUCUCGUCACUUUGUCAUCUCUUCACGGUGGCAACAGCUUAUCCGACUUCGAAACCAACGAGGAGCUGGUCGCCUCUGUUUCCUCUUGGCUCAGAACGAUUGCAACAGACCUCGAGAAUUGAUCUCGGCGAAGCUAGCUCGACCUUGUCUCCACCGCCACGUCUUGAGUUUAAUCACUCGUCGCCUCAGCCUGUGCAAUGGUGACCUCGUGAUGCUUGAUCUGAGCAACGACGACCUCGCGAUACUUGAUCUCGGCUUCAUAUAUCUCCUCCUCCUCGGGACAUUUAUGGCUCUUGCUGGAGCAAAUGAGAAAGUUUGAAGCUUUAUCAAGCCGUCAUAAUCUUCCCGGCUCAAAGCCUCUCCACCGGGUUCGAGCUCCAUCAACAGCAAGGCUCCAUGAGAAAGCUUCCUCCUUUGUCAUGUGUGACCAGAUGGCGAGAGCUUUUGGGCCUCAAGAAUCUUGUUAAUGCCAAGGGCCAUGAUGAUGUCUCAUGAGAAGUUUGAGAAGCAUUUGCCAAUCACGGCAAGCUUAUCUCGAGAUCUUGAGCUAAGGAGCUAGGUCUUGCCACCACUGAGCUCGCCUUGAUGUUGAAGCUGCAGAAGCUUGGAGAUCUCUAAAGGCAAUUCACCUUUCAGGUGGUUAUGGUUCAAGAGAUAGUCAAGGGUGUGCUGCUGCUGCUUUAGAAGAUACAGAGUGCAGAGCUCAGAUUCCUUGGCUCGAACCGAGAGUGGACCAAGCUUGAAGCUCCAGAGAACCACAGAGAAGGAGCUGCGAGUAUCAGAUUCCUGGUGCUCGUCUUUCUCAACUUUGGAUGGCUCAGAAAUGGACCAAGGAACAAGAGCAGCAAUACUGAUCCAUCACCUUGACUUAACAGCAAAGACAAGAACAAGAGCAGCAAUACUGAUCUUAACUCGAGAGCUUGUCGCUUCCUGCAAACAGCUUGGCACGAGCACUGUCCACGUUUUCUACAGACAGCUCCACCGCUAGAAGCUUGCUUCCUGAGCUUGACGUCGUCAAGAUCGCGUCUUAGCCUCUUCAUUGGAUUCAGCUACAGAAGUCUACUCUCUACCAGCAUGUUCAGUCUCCGAUUGUUCCCCAAGAGCUUUACUUCUCAGUAUGACGUGAUCUUGGCAUUGCUUGGAGAUCAUCUCAGUAACAGCUCGAUCUUGGCAGUCACAUAAUCUCAACCUCAACGCUUGUUUCUUCCUCACCACCAAAGAUAAGCUCUCUUAUCAAAUCAUUACAUGCUUUAAUCACUUUGAAAUUACACACAUGUGUUAGGCAUUAUAGCUUUGGUUUAUAUUAUUAAACAACACAUUCUCGUAUGACUUUUUAUGGGGUGAGUUUUGUUAUUUGCUUUACUGUUGGUAGCUUAUGAUAUUAAUAAGUUGAUAAUUAAUACAUCAUCAUGUUCAACUCACAAGCAUUAAGCAAAACAAGUUCCAUCGCUUACUUAGUGAUUAUGCAAAACUUGUUUAUUUCUCUUAGAAUUGACGUGAUCUAAUCAUUCCUCUUGUGAACCAGAGUUGAUUACGUAACGUCGAGCCAAAGAGGAUCAACGAGUGAAUGCUACUAUCAUGUCCUCAUGCUUGGAAUGGCGAUCUCUCAGCUGUGAGCUUGCCGCCGGAAGCAGUACAAGCGACACAAACCAGCACGUUUCUCAACGUUGUCAUAGCUAGACAAGCAUACACACCAACUACUUGUUUGGCACACACGAUCUCAACACGAGACUUCGGGUUGGCAAUAAUUCGGUAAACGUGUACUUUAGGAACAAGUUUAAAUUGAACUUGCUUUUUAUUAGGCACGAGUUUGCGGUCGACUCGCUUAUUGUUAGACACGAGUUUACAAAAACUCGUCUUUGACUAGGCAUGAGUUUACAGAAACUUCCCUUCUACUAGGCGCGAGUUCUCAGUAAAUUCGCCUCUGUCUCAGCAUGAGUCAAGUAAACUCGUCUUUCACUAAGCACGAGUUUAAAGCAAACUCGCCUUUUACUAGGCACAAGUUCAAAAUAAACUCGCCUAAACCGUCAUAGGCAUGAAUGUGUCUAGUUUAUUGUCUAAUAAACCCUAUUCGUAAAAUUCACAGAGAUCGAUUUCAUCUCUCUCUACGAACUUGGGGGGACUUAUUGUUGGAGGUGGAUUUACAUCCUACCUCAAGGCCCAUUAGACAAUAAAUUAGACCCAUUUUACUAUGAAGCCCUAGCUUUUUCUUUGUAUAAAUAGAGAGAUACCUCUCUUUAUCAAAGAUGUCUUCUUCUCCAUUUUAGACUUAGAACACUUCUUACAAAGGGUUUAUAGAUUAUUAGAUUUAUUUACACUUGUAAUCCUACAUGUAAUACAAUCUUAAAUCAAUAAACUCUUUUGAUGUUCA